UUGACAUUGACAGAUAAUUGUAAAUAGAAAUGAAAUUUCAUGCACUCUACUAGAAAAAUUCCUGAAUCUAUUCUCCCAAAAACAAUGAUUUUCUCCGUUAAUUAUUUAUUUUCUGAGACCAGUAAAUUUGAUAAGUUGAAAUGAAGCUUAUACAUAAAGAUAUAGAUAAAGGGGGUGAGGGUUCUGUAACUCUCAUCCCUGAAGAACCAGAAGAUAUGUGGCAUGCUUACAAUCUCAUAUCAGAAGGCGAUUCAGUUAAGAGCUCUACAAUUCGUAAAGUUCAAACUGAAUCAUCAACUGGAUCAUCAACAUCAACCCGAGUGAGGACAACUUUAACAAUUACUGUAGAAAACAUUGAUUUUGACACUCAAGCAUGUAUGUUGAGACUGAAAGGCAGAAAUAUAGAGGAAAAUCAAUAUGUAAAAAUGGGUGCAUACCAUACAUUAGAUCUUGAAUUAAAUAGAAAAUUUUCACUUUGGAAACACGAAUGGGAUUCAGUGUCCCUAGAAAGAAUAGAGCUCGCUUGUGACCCUUCAAAGUCAGCCGAUGUUGCAGCUGUUGUUAUGCAAGAAGGUCUAGCUCAUGUUUGUUUAAUUACAUCGAGUAUGACAUUAAUUAGAGCUAAAAUUGAUGUUAACAUUCCAAGAAAGAGAAAAGGAUUUGUUCAACAACAUGAAAAAGGUUUAAUCAAAUUUUAUGAUCAAGUAAUGCAAGCUAUACUAAGGCAUGUAGAUUUCGAGAUAGUUAAGUGCAUUCUUAUUGCAUCGCCUGGAUUUGUUCGCGAUCAAUUUUUCGAAUACAUGUUUCAAAUGGCUGUAAAAACAGACAACAAGGUUUUAUUGGAGAAUAAAUCAAAAUUUAUGUUAGUCCAUUCCUCGUCUGGAUUUAAACACUCUUUAAAAGAAGUGCUUCAAGAUCCGUCUGUUAUGAGCAAGAUUUCUGACACAAAAGCAGCAGGUGAAGUGAAAGCAUUAGAAAGUUUUUAUACAACUUUACAAUGUGAACCUGCCAAAGCAUUUUAUGGUAAGAAACAUGUGGAGCGAGCAAAUGAGGCUCAAGCCAUAGAGACUUUACUGAUAUCCGACAAACUAUUUAGAUGUGAUGAUGUCAAGUUAAGGAAAGAUUAUGUAAAUUUAGUGGAUUCAGUUCGUGAGUCGGGAGGUGACGCUAAAAUUUUUUCCAGUAUGCAUAUAUCUGGUGAACAACUGGAGCAACUUACUGGAGUAGCUGCAAUCUUAAGAUUUCCAAUGCCUGAACUUGAAGAUAGCGAGGAUGAAGAAAAUUAAAAGGUACUUUUAUGACACUUAAAUGAGAUAGAAAAAGUAUAAAAUAUAUACAAAUUUAAUGUAUAAAUAAUUAAGUAUAUUUUCAUAUUUAAGUCGGGAUAAUUUAUUUAAAGAUAAUUUUUAAUUCGUACACUCAGAUGCAAUAAAAGCGCAAAGGAAAAUUUUUUGGUCAAGUUUAAAAUACUGAAUAUUUUUUAUUUUUAGUCCUAUUUCCUUGUUUUUUUAAGUAAACUGU